AUGACGUUGUGUCUACCUGCUGGAGUGAAGGGAGCGUCAGUUAUCAUCUUGUUCGUAACACUUUUCUACACAGGAUACGCUCACAAUCAGACUGGUUCCAACGUUUGCACUGGUCGAUAUAGCUGUGUGCUCGCCUACGUGCAAGAACUCGGGAACGUGUACCAGUCCGGGUCGAUGCCAGUGCUCGUCCGGAUGGACGGGAUCUGCGUGUACAAUACUUGUGCUGAUAUCUUUGGGUUUGUGAACGUUGCAGCUGAAUGUCAUCCCGGCUGCGCUACCAACGGUGGAACCUGUACGGCUGCUUUUACGUGCCUGUGUCCAGCAGGGCGAGUUGUUGAUCUUACUGAUCCUAAUGCUCUUGAGUUUUGUAGUGUUUUCGCGAAGUAUCUUUCCUUUCCUGUUGAUCUUGAUGCAGUGGUGACCGCUUUGGAGCGAAUUGCGCUCAGAGGUGCUCAUGCCGAAACGGAGCUUCAUGCAACUCGGGUACAGGAGCUUGUACCUGCACGGCUGGAUGGCAGGGAACAAACUGCGAUCAGAAUGGAGCAUCAUGUAACCGCGUUACUGGAGUUUGUACUUGUCCUUCCGGAUAUUACGGAAAAUCAUGCGAGUAUCGCUGCUCCGGGUGGACAUUCGGUCAAGAUUGCAGUCACUCUUGUCUAUGCAAAAAAUCGAACACCUUCAACUGCAGUCACGCGAGCGGUCGUUGUGAAUGUCGACACGGCUGGAGAGGUGCGAUUUGCACUGACCCAUGCCCACAAGGUCUCCACGGGCCCAACUGCAUAUUCACCUGCACAUGCCAGAAUGGCGGAACAUGUAAUCCCUAUACGGGAAAUUGCAGCCUGUUCAGACGACUGGCAGUACUGGGAUGGUACUGCUUGUAUUGCAUGUCCUUGUGAGGAAAGGAACAGUCAAUGGUGUAACCAGUUGAAUGGUCAAUGUUUAUGCCUCGAUGGUUGGGCACCGCCAUCGUGUAAAGCAAGUUGCCAGAAGGGAAGAUUUGGCCACAAAUGCCUCGGUCGAUGUCAGUGUCAGAACGGUGCAUACUGUAACCCAAGGGAUGGAUCAUGCAUUUGCACUAAUGGCUAUAAAGGCCUAAUCUGUGAUCAAAUUUGUCCGUACGGAAAGCAUGGGUUCUACUGUAGUGGGUCGUGUCGAUGUCAGAAUGGCGUUUGCUCUCAUGUCGAUGGGUUUUGCUCUUGCUUUGUCGGGUGGCGUGGUGCCUUUUGUGAAUCAAAAUGUGAGAGUGGCUUCUAUGGAGAUGGCUGCCGUCAAGAAUGUUCCUGUUUCAAUGGAGCCGUCUGUAAUCUCGUCAAUGGUUCCUGCACUUGUACUGAUGGUUGGUUGGGAGAUGAUUGUUCUAAACCAUGUCCGGCAUUUCAUUUUGGGGCAGACUGUUUACAGCUUUGUAAUUGCGCUAAUGCUGAGAGUUGUUCUAACGUGGACGGCACAUGCCACUGCAAACCAGGCUGGAUUGGGUCAACGUGCUCUGAUUCGUGUCCACUUGGGUGGUGGGGUCGCGGCUGUAGUAAUAUAUGUACAUGCCACAAUGGAGGUAUAUGCAAUCACGAAUUUGGAGACUGCAAUUGCCCAGAAGGCUGGACCGGAAGCACAUGUUCACAACCAUGCGGCAAAGGCAUGUACGGUCAAAACUGCAAACAAACCUGUGAUUGCAAAUUUGACUUCUGUAAUUCGACGAACGGCGUUUGCCUUUGUCCAGAAGGUUGGACCGGACCUCGUUGUACUGAAAGCUGUCAAAGUGGCUUUUAUGGACGUGACUGUGAAAAGCAGUGCGACUGCAAAUUUCCACAUUGUGAUCCUUACAACGGGACUUGCUUGUGUCCAUCUGGAUUGACUGGACGUCGCUGUGACCAGGCUGUGUGCUCCCUUACUUGCGAGAACUCGGGAACGUGUACGAGUUCGGGUCGAUGCCAGUGCUUGUCCGGAUGGACGGGAUCUGCGUGUACAAUACCUGAAUGUCAUCCCGGUUGUAGUACAAACGGUGGAACCUGUACGGCUCCCUUUACGUGCCUCUGUCCAGCAGGGCUGUCAGGACCUUCAUGUCAAACAGUUACAAUCUCAGGAAUAUCAAGGACAGAAGACUCAUCUGCUACAUGGGCAGGUAUUAGCAUUGGUAUAGUUGCGAUUGUUCUGAUCUUGCUUGUCAUCGUGGUGAUCGUAAUUCGACGAAGAAAACGUUCCAACAGCAUAAGGCUCAAUGAGAGGCAGAACAACUCGCCAAAAGCGCAGCACUUUGAAAAUCCGUGUUAUAAUAGUGCAGAGUAAAGUGCGUCUGAAUGAUGAAUGAUGAAUGGUGCUCUACUCGAUUGAUGUUUCGUGUCACUGUUGAUUUAUGUGCGCAAUGUGAGUUGGUAGAACAUGAAUUAUUUUAAACGAAUCAUGUAUUUUUGUUACGCUGCAGUCUAUUUUUUAAGUUUCUGUCGUCGUUCACAGCUGGGU